UUCCUGCUUUUCAAGGCUUUCUGUUAAAGAUGUGUUGUGGCUUUUGUUUGGAUUACAGCGUACACAAUUACAGCUCUUUAGAGGAUAUUCAUUACAACUCCUGCUGAAGCUCCUAAUCUUCCUCCCUUCUCUUCUGCCCCUUCCUUCUGCCCUCACUUGGUCUGAAGACAUUAUCCCCAGAGUUUGCCUUACUUCCCUGUUGCUGUAUGUUUGGUGAACCUACCACUCUGGCCACAUCUGGGACUGGCCAGACAACUGCUGCUGGCUCUCACUAUUCCAAGAAGGAUUUAAAGGGAAAUUGUACUGCAGGCAAUGCACCAGAGCAGCAGCAUCAGGAGCACAGGGACUAAAGCUCCUCUGAUAUAUUACACACAUACAAAGCUGACCGCCAUGACAGCAGCUGCUACUUUGAACUGCUGGCAGCAGCCAAGCGGCAGCAUGAAGUGAAAGAUCACUCCUGAGCUCAAGAUGAACUUCACCUUGGAUGGUAAUCAGAGCAUCCGCCCCUUUUGCCUCUUGACAUUUGAUUCUUUGGAAACUGGCAGUUUUUGCUUUUUAGAAGUGUUGAUUAUCGUCUUUCUAACCAUAUUGAUUAUUUUUGGUAAUAUCAUUGUGAUUUUUGUAUUUCACUGCUCACCUUUGUUGAACCACCAUACUACAAGUUAUUUUAUACAAACCAUGGCUUAUGCUGACCUUUUGGUCGGGGUUAGCUGCCUAGUCCCUUCUUUGUCACUCCUCUAUUUCCCACUUCCAGUAGAAGAGUCCUUGACUUGUCAGGUAUUUGGUUUUGUAGUAUCAGUUCUAAAGAGUGUCUCAAUGGCCUGCCUGGCGUGCAUCAGCAUUGACAGAUACAUUGCUGUCACAAGACCUUUAACCUAUAAUACCCUGAUCACCCCUUGGAGACUGCGCCUGUGUAUAUUACUGAUUUGGCUGUACUCCACCCUGGUAUUCCUGCCAGCCUUUUUCCACUGGGGCAAACCUGGCUAUCACGGAGAUGUAUUUCAUUGGUGUGCGGAGUCCUGGCAUACCAACCCCAGCUUCACUCUGUUCAUCGUGAUGAUGUUAUAUGCCCCAGCAGCCCUCAUUAUGUGCUUCACCUAUUUUAAAAUCUUCCGCAUAUGCCGUCAGCACACGAAGGAAAUCAGUGAAAGGCAAGCCCGCUUUGGGAGCCAGAGUGGAAAGGCUGAGGAAGUGCAAUCUUGUCCUGAUAAGCGCUAUGCCACAGUUUUGUUCCGAAUCACUAGUGUGUUUUAUGUCCUCUGGUUGCCAUAUAUAAUCUACUUCUUGUUGGAGAGCUCAACUGACUACAGCAACCGCUUCGCAUCCUUCUUGACCACCUGGCUCGCGAUUAGUAACAGUUUCUGCAACUGUGUUAUUUAUAGUCUCUCCAACAGUGUCUUCCAAAAGGGAUUAAGGCACCUCUCAGAGGCCGUGUGUACUUCUUGUGUGAGUCAAACCAUACCUAAAGACUCGACUGUAGUUAGGGGCAAAGGCUCCCCUAAUGGAUGCCAGGUCUAA